CUCGCCCCAUCUAGUAGCGUAUUUUGGAAAGCACGGUGCGGUGUUGUGGUUGUGACACUGGACGUUUUCCGCCUCGUUUUCUUCUGUUUCUUUAAUUUCUCUCUGUUUCUGAAGAAUGUCCGGAGACGGUAGCUCUUCAGCAGCGUCCGGGGCUGACGACGCCAAACCGGGACUGUCAGGGAAAGAUGAAGAGGGCUUGAGAAGCGCAGAGCUCGAGGAAGAAGCUAAAUUCAAGUCUCGCUACCCCCAGAAUGUCCGACCAGGGGGAUCACUUUUCUUGCAGAAGAGGCUCAACAAAGGGCAAAAGUACUUCGAUUCUGGGGACUACAACAUGGCCAAAGCCAAGGGGGUUCAGAAGCCCCGUGUGCCCCCGGUAAUCCCUCAGAACCCCACGGGAGAGACGAUCCCGACGGUGGAAUCGCUGCCGCCGCGCAAGGCUUCUCUCGUCCAGAGCAAGCUGGCCACGGGCCUUUCCUAAGGCGUGCCACAGCGGGAGGAUUCUUGCCCCGCGGGGCUCUGGGGAGAUCUUUCUAUUGGGGGGGACACCGUCCCAUUCUUUUCCCACCUUCCUGUCCCACCCGUCCCCAGAGGUUGUACAUGAAAUUUGUGGUAGUGAAUGUGAGUGAUACCAGUUUGUUUGGCAGUGUGUUCAAAUUGCUUUUCCCCCCUUCACCUCCGGUUUUAAGGCUGCUCAACUCAAUUCUUUAAAAUGCAGUUCUUUGCUCUCAGCCUGUAUACUCAUGCUUGGUGUUGUACAUAAAAUGAAUUUGGCAGGUGUACUGUGCUGUAAUAUGUAAAUAAAGUAUCAAUAAUCGUAA